ACCUCACCACACCGGUGUGGAGGCCUACACGCGGCGAACACUCGAGGAGCCAGUCACAGCAGAGCCUCUCACGCAUGCGAUUCCCGUUAGUACAAUAGGUCUCUUUCCUCGUCCUCUCGAUCCACCGACGCAUCAGUGCCUCCUCAAAUAACAGCUGACCGAUCGAGCCACCAUUUGCCAAGAAGUUUUCCAAUCAGUUCAGCGAGGCUCCGUGAUACGAUUCCCCAUCCGUGCUCUCCGCCGGCCGGCCGGGAAGGGAAGGGAGCGGAAUUCCUCCGACGAUGGCGUUCGGCGAAGGGGGAGGCGACGCCACGGCCCCUCUCAUCUCCUCCGACGGGCCGAAGCGCCAUCUCAACAUCGUCAGGAACGGGAACGAAUGGACGGCGUCGGCGCACGUGAUCACGGCGGUGAUCGGGUCCGGGGUGCUGUCGCUGGCGUGGAGCAUGGCGCAGCUGGGGUGGGUGGCCGGGCCGGGCAUGAUGGUGGUGUUCGCCUCCGUGACGGCGCUGCAGUCCACCAUCUUCGCCGACUGCUACCGGUCGCCGGACCCGGAGCACGGCCCGCACCGCAACCGCACCUACGCGCACGCCGUCGAGCGCAACUUAGGUAGCAACAGCGCGUGGGUCUGCCAGUUUUUGCAGCAAACAGCCUUGUUCGGCUACGGCAUUGCCUACACCAUCACCGCUUCCAUCAGCUUCAGGGCGAUCCUGAAGGCCAACUGCUACCACGCGCACGGGCACGACGCGCCCUGCAGCUUCGACGGCAGCUACUACAUGCUCAUGUUCGGCGGGGUGCAGCUCCUCCUCUCCUCCAUCCCGGACUUCCACGACAUGGCGUGGCUCUCCGUCGUCGCCGCGGUCAUGUCUUUCUCCUACGCCUUCAUCGGCCUCGGCCUUGGCCUCGCCAGCACCAUCUCUAACGGCGUCAUCAAAGGGAGCAUAACGGGCGUCCCAAUGAAAACCCCUGUCGCCAAGGUAUGGCGCGUCUCACAGGCCAUCGGCGACAUUGCGUUCGCGUACCCGUACUCCUUGAUCCUCCUAGAAAUUCAGGACACCCUCAAGUCGCCACCGGCCGAGAACAAGACGAUGAAGAAGGCGUCCAUCAUCUCCAUCCUGGUCACCACCUUCUUCUACCUCUGCUGCGGCUGCUUCGGCUACGCCGCCUUCGGGAACGACGCGCCGGGGAACCUCCUCACCGGCUUCGGCUUCUACGAGCCCUACUGGCUCAUCGACUUCGCCAACGCCUGCAUCAUCCUCCACCUGCUCGGCGGCUACCAGGUGUACAGCCAGCCGAUCUACCAGUUCGCGGACAGGCACUUCGCGGAGCGGUACCCGGGGAGCGGGUUCGUGAACGACUUCCACACGGUGAAGGUGCCGCUGCUGCCGGCCUACAGGGUGAACCUGCUGCGGGUGUGCUUCCGGACGGCGUACGUGGCGAGCACGACGGCCGUGGCCAUCUUCUUCCCCUACUUCAACGAGAUCCUGGCGCUGCUGGGCGCGCUCAACUUCUGGCCGCUGGCCAUCUACUUCCCCGUGGAGAUGUACUUCAUCCAGCGGAAGGUGCCCCGCUGGUCCACCCGGUGGCUCGUCCUCCAGGGCUUCAGCACCGUCUGCCUGCUCGUCAGCGCCUUCGCGCUCGUCGGCUCCAUCCAGGGGGUCAUCACCCAGAAGCUAGGCUAGUAAUAGUGUAGUAUCUUCGGGCUGGGAUUGGGUUGCUCCUUUCUACUACUAGUGUGUCAUAGCGACUGGGGAGCAUUAGGUUUCUCCCUCCGUGCUGAUGAACAAGCAUGUUGUAUCUGCUGGACCGCAGUGGCACGCCGUUUUCAGUGCCUUCGUUUCUGGCCGUGGCUGAUGCAUCGGACUGAAACCUGUACACAUGUUAGAUUGCCAGGUUACUUGAGUUGAGGAGAAUGUUGGCAAUCC